AUUUGUGUUGUCUAUGGUAUUAUUGGUUUGGUAUUUAGCAUUUUUGGAAAGUGGUCAAGUGGCUUUCUAAUAUUUUUUUGUAAUUUACGUGAUGUUGAUGUUGAUUUUAAUAUUGGACUAAUAAUUUGACAUAAAGAAUUAAAUUGUGACAAUUUAUUAUUGGUGUGGUGAAGUUAGUUGUAAUGAAAUAUUUGUGUCUGAAAUAGUAAAAUCGUUUUAGAAAGCAACAUGGAAGCAUUGACAGUUCCGCCAUGAAUGCAAAAUAAAUAUGAAAUUCUGAAGAAGGUGGAUGUCAGUAAGGACACGUUAGAAACUUCACAAUGUUGAGAGGUGGGCGUGGAGGCCGUCACAGUCCGGAGCUGUACCCCCAUACACUAAAGUGCUCCAACGCAAGUGACACAAGCUCAGCAUACAGUGGUAGUGACACAAUGACUUCUGUUCACAGCUCACUUGACAUGGAUAUGGAGGUAGACCUAUCUGGUCUCCUUGAGUCCAUAGUUGAUUCAGAUGAAGAAGAAGAUUUGGAGGAGAGCAUGGAUAGUCUCAUUGUACGUGAUGCUGUUCGGGAAUGUCUUGAAAAAGACCCAAAUGAGAGAACUGAUGAAGAUGUUGAAAUCCUCUUGGAAUUUACUCAACACCUAAAAGCUUUUACUAAUAUGACAUUGACUGUUCGGAGAGCAUUGUGUGCUGUUAUGGUCUUUGCUGUUGUAGAAAAGGCUGGAACUGUUGUUAUGAAUGAUGGAGAAGAACAUGACUCAUGGUCUGUUCUUAUCAAUGGACAAGUUGGUAUUGAACAUUCAAAUGGAGAAAUUGAGCAUCUUAAUGUUGGAGACAGUUUUGGAAUGGCUGAAGCCACACUUGAAAAAUUAUACCAUAGAGGCAUAAUGACAACACGUUGUGAUGACUGUCAGUUUGUCUGCAUUACACAAACUGAUUACUAUCGUAUACUCCACCAAGGGGAAGAAAAUAUAAAACGGCAUGAAAAUGAAAAUGGUGUAGUUGUAUUAGUUACUGAAUAUAGAGGAAUUGCUGGCGAGGCUGGUCAUCAACAAGGACAUGUUGUAAUAAGAGGCACACCAGAACAGCUGAUGUUGCAGCUUAUAGAAGAUAAUGUUCGAGAUUCUACUUAUGUAGAAGAUUUCUUAUUAACUCACAGAACAUUUAUAGAAAGCCCAUUAGUAGUAGCAAAGCAGCUACUUGCUUGGUUCUCAGAGCCAUCAGUUCGUGACAGAGUGACCAGAGUUGUUUUGCUCUGGGUUAAUAACCAUUUCACAGACUUUGAAACAGAUCCAAAUAUGAUGGAGUUUCUAGAGAGUUUUGAAACUGCUUUAGAACAUGAUAAAAUGGAAAGCCAAUUGAGACUACUAAACAUAGCUUGUUCUGCUAAAGCAAGAACUAGGAGUGUUACUUUAUCACGGCCAUCAAGAGAUGAAGCUUUAAAUUUCACAGUUUUUGGUGGUUAUGAAAGGGGAUAUGGAAUCUUUAUACUAAAAGUAGAAAAACAUUCUAAAGCUGAAGAAGUGGGUUUAAAAAGAGGAGAUCAAGUAAUAGAAGUUAAUGGUCAAUCUUUUCAGCAUGUUAGUCUUGCUAAAGCCAUAGAAAUAAUAACUGGUUCCACUCAUUUAAGCAUUACUGUAAAGAGCAACUUGUUAGCAUUUAAACAAAUGCUCUUAAUGCCUGAAAACUCUCCAAGGCAGAGAGGUGCUGCUAAUAUGGUACGGUGGCAAACAGAUCCCAGAGCAAGAUUAUCUACAGCCGAAUUAUUAAGUGAUGAUCCCAUUAUGUUAACAACUGUUUUUCAGUCUCCCACUAAAAAAUCUCAGCAACUAAAUAUAAAAAAAGAGCCGCAAAAAGGAUUCAUGACCCUAGGACCAAAAAGGAGAUUACAAAAAGCAUUAAUAAAAAUGAAUAUUUUACCUAAAAAUAUAAUUACAGAUGGUUUGCACACUGAUGAUAGCAUAAUCUCGAAUUCAGAAUCUUUGAAUAAGGCAAACAGUAGUACCUCAUUCUAUAACUCACAUAGUAAUCCAGAUUUAAUAUCAAUUUGUUAUGAUGAAUAUCAAUCAUCAGACUAUCCUGAACAUGUAUUAAAAGUCUAUAGAGGAGAUCAAACUUGCAAAUAUCUUUUAGUACAUAAAGAAACUACAGCUAGAGAAGUUGUGAUGCUGACUUUACAGGAAUUUGGUAUAACUGAAUCCAGCUCGAAUUUUUCUCUGUGUGAAGUAUCUGUUGCACAAGGAGGCAUUAUCAAACAGCAUCGUUUACCAGAUCAACUUCAAAAUCUGGCAGAACGCAUAGGACUCAGCUCUCGUUAUUAUUUAAAAACAAAUGGUGUUAGUGAAACUUUAGUACCUGAUGAGAUGGCCCCAGAACUACUUAGAGAAAGUGUUGUCCAUUUUUUGCAAUUAAAUGCUGUUGAAGUUGCUGUUCAGUUAACUUUACAAGACUUUUGUAUUUUUCGGCAAAUCGAAAGCACUGAAUAUGUUGAUGAUCUAUUUGAAUUAAAAAGUAGAUAUGGAACACCUAUGUUAUCACAGUUUGCUGAACUUGUUAAUAAAGAAAUGUUUUGGGUUGUGACUGAAGUUGUCAAUGAGCAGAAUUUAGUUCGGCGGUCAAAAAUUGUAAAACAAUUUAUCAAAGUUGCUCGACAUUGUAAAGAAUGCAAAAACUUUAAUUCUAUGUUUGCUAUUAUAUCUGGAUUAGGUCAUGGUGCUGUAUCCAGGUUACGAAUGACUUGGGAUAAAUUACCUACCAAAUAUUAUAAACUAUUCACUGAUUUACAGAUGUUGAUGGAUCCGUCAAGAAACAUGUCAAAAUAUAGACAGUUGGUAACAACAGAACAAGGUAGGUCACCUGUAAUUCCAUUUUAUCCAGUCGUUAAAAAAGACCUCACAUUUAUACAUCUUGGUAAUGAUACUAAAGUGGAAGGUAUGGUUAACUUUGAGAAGUUGAGAAUGAUUGCUAAAGAAGUUAGAACACUCACUAAUAUGUGUAGUUCUCCACAUGAUCUUCUCACUUUAUUAGAAUUGGGCAAGCAGCCGCCAUCAACUGCUAUGGUAGCUUUAAAUCAACUUACAACUGGAGGUGUCCAACAAGGUCAAGUCACUGUAAAAAGAAGAAAGAAGUCUUCAAAUGUUCCAAACCCAAAAAAGAUGUUUGAAGAAGCGCAAAUGGUACGAAGGGUUAAGGCUUAUUUAAACCGUAUGCAUGUUGAAACUGAUGAGGAACGACUACAUGCACUGUCGCUUGAAUGCGAGGGAGCUGGGCCGGCCCCUGUCAUGCCUCGCCGUCGACAUCCAUCACCUUCUUUAUCUACGACAAGUAGCGCUUCAUCUGCCAGUGAAAGUAAAAAAAGCUUUGCAGGAAAUAAAUUCGGUGCUGCAUCACCUCAAGCUGUAAGAAAAUUACUAGCAUUAUCAGAGCCAGCAAAAACUAGACCCCAUCAACCUAGACCGCCACCGCCGGGACCUUCGCCGUGUUCGCACCGACGUGAUGGUCCAGGCCCAGGCAUAUGCUGUCCACGAACAGCACAUGAAAGGUCUCAUUCAGAUACACCUACACCUUUACCUGUAGAUUUAUCUGCUGAGAGUAGUAGUGUGACAUCAUUAGUAAACUUGCCAUUGCGUAAGACUGGUUCAGCUACAUCGAGUGACAGUGGACAUGGCUCAUGUACAGCGGCAAGUUGCGUGCGUCCUGUGCCACCGCCGCGCAUGCCGCAGCCCUAUUCGCUCGCUGCACAAGUAGCUCGGCUCGAGCGCCUUAGUCGGGCUCAUUCUCACGAGGGUGUCACUCGUCCUUAUGAGUUUUACCACGACACUCCAGACGACGAUGACGAUGAUCAGCAAGUAUCUGCCGUUUAAAUUUUAAUACUCUGUCUAUUUAAACAAUUCACUGUUCUGUAAUCUCAUUAAGGAUAGAAGGCACAGUUUUAUAAAUUUCUAAUAUUAUUAUUAAAAUCAUGUAUCUACCCUUUACAACUAAGUCUAAAGACUGUAUAAUUAAGGUAAUCCUAGUGUUAUAUAAUGUAAACUUUCAUGAUAAGCUAUGCCUCUGUUAAUUAAUUAUUGUUAUAAUGUGACCCACCAUUUACCAGUUUUGUCUAGAGAUGUUCGAUGUAUACCAAUUGUGAUCUAGAGUAUCCAAUUUUGGUAUCUCUACAUUCCGUUUUUUGUAAAAUAUUAAAAUAUUUUUCAUUAUUUAUAUUUGUGAAACUUAGACCAAAUAAUAAUGAAUGUACCUUUAAAUAUAAAUUUAUAUUUCAAUGAUUAAAAUAUUUUAUGUUGUAGUAUUUUGUGGUAGCUCUAUGGACCAACAAUGAGUUUGAAUGUUAUUUCGCGAUAGCAGCUCGAAUUCUUAAGUUUUUAUAAUUAUGUAUUUUGAUUGUAAAUAAAAUAAUAACAUACUUCAUA